CAGUACAAAAGGUCCACUUGUUGCUACCUCUCCUCUUGCUAACAGCUCAAUACAAAAUCAGAACCAGCAUCACAUCAGUAGAAGACUAUUGCAAUGAUCUGGACAGCGCUUAUCAUUAUACAAGUUCUCCUCGCUCUCUUCUUAAUUGUUACAAAUCGAUCUAGAUCAAAGGAAGAGCCACCUUUGGAUAAAGGAUUCGUUCCCUGGCUGGGCCAUGCCAUUGACUUUGGAAAAGAUGCCGCCACGUUUUUAACUCGGAUGAAGAGCAAACAUGGGAAAAUCUUCACGGUACGUGUCGCCGGGCUGUAUGUGACGGUCUUGUUGGAUCCAAACUCUUACGAUUCCAUCAUUAAGGAUUCCACUUCCUUCGACUUCACACGUUACGCGCAUGUGCUCAUGAAAAGAAUAUUCAACCUUCAUUUUCCACAGCAUAACCCCGAAACAGAGAAGGCAAUGAUGAGGCAACAUUUCCAGGAUAAAAGCCUCAUCACCCUAAACAGGGUCAUGCAAAAAAACCUUCAGGCUCUGCUGAUGUCAGAGGUUUGUGAAAACAAGAGGAACUGGAAAAAUGACAGUCUCUUUAGCCUGUGCUACAGCCUGCUGUUCAGAGCUGGAUACCUCACAUUAUUUGGAGAUGAGCCAGAAGAAAAUGGCAACAUCAGUAUAUCAAAGGAAAUUUUUCAAGAAUUUAGGAAAUUUGACGCGCUUCUGACAAAAAUGGCCAGAACUACAUUGAAAACAAAUGAGAAGAAAGUAGCCAGCACUGUCAAAGAGCGUCUUUGGGAUCUUCUGUCCCAGAAUAAGUUGAACUCAAAGAUGAACCCAAGCUCCUGGCUGGAAAGCUACAGACGUUACCUAACCGCUCAGGGUGUUGAUCAGAAAAUGCAACAAAGGGCAAUGUUACUGCAGCUUUGGGCCACACAGGGCAAUGUAGGCCCCGCUGCCUUCUGGAUGUUGGCAUUCCUAUUGACAAAUCCAGAAGCUAUGACAGCUGUGAAGAACGAGUUUCACAAAUUAACAGCUGAAGUCAACAGGACAUGCAAAGUACAGACUGUCAGGCCAGAAAUGCUUGAGAAGACACCAGUGUUUGACAGUGCUCUGAAUGAAACCCUCCGACUGACAGCAGCCCCUUUCAUCACCAGGGAAGUCCUUCAGACUAAGACCAUCAGAUUAGCAGAUGGAAGAGAGUACAAACUGAGGAAAGGAGACAGGAUUUGCCUUUUCCCAUAUCUCAGCCCCCAGAUGGACCCAGAGAUCCACCAGGAGCCCAAGAAGUUCAAACAUGACAGAUUUCUGAAUGCAGACGGGACAGAGAAGAAAGACUUUUUUAAAGAUGGGAAGAAACUUAAAUACUACACAAUGCCAUGGGGAGCUGGGAAGAACGUAUGUGUUGGCAGAUCCUUUGCUAUUAGUAGCAUCAAACAGUUCAUCUUUAUGGUUCUGACCUGCCUGGAUAUAAGGCUCUGUGAUCCAGGGUCUCCGAUGCCGGAUAUUGAUGCAGGUCGCUAUGGGUUCGGAAUGCUGCAGCCACAAGGUGACCUUGAGAUUCAGUACAAACUGAAAAGCCAUCUCUAACGGCUGGCAAAACAGCAUGUCACCUCCACCAUUGCUAUCACUUUCAGUAAACACUCAUCCAAUUCAGGGUCACAGUGGCCUGGAAGCACAGGGCACAAGGUGGGGUACACCCUGGAUGGGACAUCAGUCC